GUUUAUCGUAGAAUCAUGGCCAUGGCCUAGGCCUGGUUUCGCACCAGUGUUGGUAAGCGGAGUCCCGAGAGACAUAUAUGCGGAUAAUAAAUAACAAGUUUCAAGUUCGACCAAGCGGAGUCAUUGCAACCAGACUCGAGUCGUUCUUCCCCAAGCCUGGCCCAUCAGAAUAGUGUCCAGGGUGCGACACUCUUGCCAUCAUAACCUUCACUUCUCUUCCCGCAUACCACCUUCCCUCUUCAAAAUGGAUCCUAAACUGGCGGCGAUCAUUGAGCAGGUCAAAGUAGACAUCAUCACUCCUACUCAGCAGCGCGACAAUGCGAGACAACUGGAAGAAGUUUCCAGGAGUUUUAUAUCCGAUACUAUUACAGUGCCCACGAAGGAGAUGUUCGCGUACGCCACACAGGCUUCAAUCGGUGAUGACGUCUUCAACGAGCCAUCUACGAUUGCCCUUGAGGCACACAUCGCUAAACUCACAGGGAAGGAAGCUGCUCUCUUCGUAAGCAGCGGGACCAUGGGCAACCAGCUUGCUAUCCGCACGCAUCUCCAACAGCCUCCCAAUUCCAUCAUUUGUGACGUCCGGGCGCAUAUCAAUAAUUACGAGGCUGGCGGCGCGGCAAUCCACUCGGGUGCUCUCCAGAACGCUUUGACACCUAAAAAUGGGCACCAUUUGACUCUGAAGGACAUCGAACCUCAUGUAGUGUUCGGCUCUGACAUACACAGUGCACCGACGCGAAUCAUUUGCCUGGAAAAUACGCUGAAUGGCACGAUCAUGCCGCAAAGCGACAUAAUUGAGAUCGCUGAUUUUGCUCACAAGAAUGGCAUACUGAUGCAUCUUGAUGGUGCACGUCUGUGGCAUGUCGCCGCUGAAACUCAGACACCUAUCGAUGAACUCUGCGCACCAUUUGACUCAGUCAGUUUGUGCUUCAGCAAGGGUCUAGGUGCCCCUGUGGGGACAUGUCUCGUCGGUUCAAAGGCAUUUAUACAGAAAGCGCGCUGGUUCCGGAAGAUUUUUGGCGGGGGGAUGCGCCAGAUUGGUGUUAUCGCUGGAUCGGUCGCUUAUGCACUCACCCAUAAUUUCUCUCUCCUUCCUAGGGUUCAUGCUCUAGCAAAGCGCCUACAAGCUGGUUUAGAAGAGCUUCAGGUCGGCAUAUCGAGUCCUGCAGAGACUUGCAUGGUCUUUUAUGAUCCCUCCACCAUCGGUGUCGAGUACUGGGAAAUCAUAGAACGUGCGGCUGCAUUACCGCAUCCCAUUAGUCUUAUGGGCUCUCGUCUAGUGGUACAUAUCCAAACGUCCCCCGAGGCAGUGGAAGAUUUCUUGUCAUUGAUCAAAACUCUGAAGGAGGAGAAGGUCCAAGCAGAUACUGUUCCCUUACCAGCGGACUCAGACGGGAUGAAGAACUUGUACGUCAAGACUACGAGACCCUCUACAUGAUUCAACACAUCAAGUGUGACGCCUGCUGUCCUUGUUAAUCAGCAGUGUACUAGCAAUUUCGAAUGAGGUGUAGGAUACCCAUCCCCGGUGACCCGUUUAUAAAAUCGAUACCAGUAUAGCUACAAACUGUUCAUCACGUCAUGACACAUGAGCUUCACUGCGUACCAAUCACCUCUAAAUUAUUUAGUUGAUUUUCAACCUUUCAAAUGAAAAUACUAAUAUCUGUAUCACCAAGCCGGAAAUGAUCCAAUACACUUGAUGAUAGGCCUAAAAUUGGGAUACAUCCACUAGUAAACUGUUAAAACUAAGCCGUUCAUC